UUUAGUUUUCAGUUGCUCGGGAAGAAGAAACACGAACUCACCGCGCGCUUGGAGUUUGUUUACAUUCCGUGAGUGAUGGCAGGCCCGGCGGAUCGCAGUGACAGCGGGUCCGGUUCUGCUCUCCAGGCGGUGUUUGAGCAGCUGCGGUCCGCGCACACUCUCUCCCUGACCCUCACCGGGCCGCUGUGCCUGGCUGUCAUCGCUCUCGACCGCUACCUAAGCGCACAGCAUCCCGCUGCUGAGAGCUACAGCUACGACCUGACGGUAACGGACGGCCGGUGGCGGAUAAAGUGUCAGCUGGCGGACAGUCUGAGUCGGUGGGUGAGGACGGGCUCGCUGCGCUGCGGGGCCGGGGUCCUGGUGUCCCAGCUGUCGAUGGUCCACGACGAGACGAGGCUGAGUCACAGUUACAUCAGGAUAGAUAGCAUCCACAGCGUCGUGGAGCUCCCGGAGAGGUUUCUGUCCAUUCAAGACGUGGGGAGUAUCACGGAGUGGUGUCAGGACCAUGUGACCCGGUCCGAUGGACCCCUGCAGCUGAGCAGAAAAUAUUAUUUACCACUGUGGAUAAACGAUGAUCCUUAUGGAAGUGUUUGGGCUCCUUAUAGCCCACCGCCAGACGUGGUCAUUGAUGUGUCUAGAAUCACACUUCUGGCCGAUCUGGAAGCGUUCUUUCACAGCUCCAGACGACCUCUCCCACUGCUGGUCCGAAUUCUGCACAGGUCCAGGAUACGGUACUAUGGCAAACCAGGACAAAACAUUGACUUCCCAUUUCAGGUGUACUGUGAGGUGGCUGAUCAGAGUGGCGUCAUGUCUAUGGUUGUAUGGAAUGAUCUUUGUCCUGAAUGGUUCAACAGACUGACAGUCGGCUCGGUUCUGUAUCUGCAGCAGUACUCAUUGAAACACAGUUAUCAAAACCGCUCUAGACCACAUAUCCGCACACUCUCUCUUAUGACUUUCCACUCCAUUGAGAUCAGCCUGAAUCCUCGAAGUCCUGCCUCUGUAGUGACAGUGAUUCCUCCAAAAAGUGUUCAGCCUCAGUGGGAUCUGCCUGAUGUCCCAUACAACUUUGCCACAAGGUCAGAGGUGGACUCGAUGAAUAAUAACCAAGCCUGUGACAUCAUUGGUCUAGUGACAUACGUGGGCCGGGUUGAGCGAAUUAGGAGCAAGGAGAAGACAGGACCUGAAAAGUUCUGGGCGUAUCGUUGGGUACAUGCAGUGGAUGGGACAACGGACUCCGCAUUCAUCCUGGAGAUCUUCUCCUCUUCCCAGCCAGAGAUCUUCAACAACAUCUGCCCAAUGACGUAUCUGGUCUGCACCCAGAUGAGAGUGUGUAAGACGGGCUGUUCUGUGUAUCUGACCAGUAGCACAGAAACACAUCUCUUCAUCACAGGCUGUCAUAAAAAGCAGCCCUAUGUCAAUGAGCCAAAAGUUAAAGCAUUCAUUCAGUGGACUAAGACACUGAAGGACAGUGUCAUGCUGCGGAGGACUUCGGUUGGAGGACAUUACUGCUACCCUCCUGCACCACCCUCCAACAGCAACUUGACCAGUGAGAUUUAG